AUGCACGCCUCUGUAGCCCGCCGCACCCUUAGCGGCCUUGUGCCUCCCAAAAUUGCCACACCUAAGCUCGUCUCGGGCGACUCCGCCGGUCCCCUUGGUCCGCUUGUCUCCUUCUACUCGAAACUUCCCAAGGGCCCCGCCCCCGUGCCGGCUGUGCAAGGCAUAAAGGGACGCUACUUCAGUGGAAAGAACGCCAGUGCGAAGCCUGCUCUGGUUCUUAUCGGUGGAUUGUGGCUUCUCGGGUACACCAUAGACUACCAGAUGCACCUGAAGCACCACAAGAACAACGCGCACUAG